CCUAGGCGGUGCAGAGCCGAGCCGAGAACUACGGGUUUGGAGCAAAGAGGAGGCGGCAGCAGCGGCGGCGAGAGGGAGGGGAGGAGGCAGGCGGGCGCAUGGGGCGCCCCGGCCCCGCCGGCAGCUCUUCCCCUCCGGCCAGGCCGCGGUGAAGGGUUCCUGGCGCCGCACUCGAACCCGUGCCCUGGGGCCAUGCCGGUCAUGAAGGGGUUGUUGGCCCCGCAAAACACCUUCCUGGACACCAUCGUCACCCGCUUUGACGGCACGCACAGCAACUUCCUGCUGGCCAACGCACAAGGCCCACGGGGUUUUCCCAUUGUCUACUGCUCUGACGGCUUCUGUGAGCUCACAGGCUACGGUCGCACUGAGGUCAUGCAGAAAACCUGCAGCUGCCGUUUCCUCUACGGUCCAGAGACCAGUGAGCCAGCCUUGCAGCGGCUGCACAAAGCCCUGGAAGGCCAGCAGGAGCACCGGGCUGAAAUCUGCUUCUACCGCAAGGAUGGCUCAGCUUUUUGGUGCCUCCUGGACAUGCUGCCCAUCAAGAAUGAGACGGGGCAGGUCGUGCUGUUCCUCUUUUCCUUCAAGGACAUCACUCAGAGUGGAAGCCCAGGACUUGGCCCCCAAGGAGGCCAUGGGGACAGUAAUCAUGAAAACUCCCUCCGUAGGAGAGGAGCCAGCUCAAAACUUCAGUCUGCCAGAAGGCACAGCCGUACAGUCCUAUACCGAUUGACCAGCCAUUUUGGGCGCCGGAGCCAGGGAGGCAUAAAGGCCAAUAAUAACGUGUUUGAGCCAAAGCCAUCAGUGCCCGAGUACAAGGUGGCCUCCGUGGGGGGGUCUCGCUGCCUCCUCCUUCACUACAGCGUCCCCAAGGCCAUCUGGGACAGCCUCAUCCUCCUUGCCACCUUCUACGUCGCGGUCACCGUCCCCUACAAUGUCUGCUUCUUGGGUGAUGACGACACUCCCAUCACUUCCCGACACACUCUUGUCAGUGACAUCGCCGUGGAGAUGCUCUUCAUCCUGGAUAUCAUCCUGAACUUCCGCACCACCUAUGUGUCCCAGUCCGGCCAGGUGAUCUCUGCUCCUCGUUCUAUUGGCCUCCACUACCUGGCCACCUGGUUCUUCAUUGACCUUAUUGCUGCUCUACCCUUUGACCUGCUUUAUGUCUUCAACAUCACCGUGACCUCGCUGGUGCACCUGCUGAAGACCGUGCGGCUGCUGCGGCUGCUGCGGCUGCUGCAGAAGCUGGAGCGGUACUCACAGUGCAGUGCUGUGGUGCUCACACUGCUCAUGUCGGUCUUUGCCCUCCUUGCCCACUGGAUGGCCUGCAUCUGGUAUGUCAUCGGGCGCCGGGAGAUGGAGGCCAAUGACCCACUGCUCUGGGACAUUGGCUGGUUGCAUGAGUUGGGCAAGCGGCUGGAGGUGCCCUAUGUCAACGGCUCUGCGGGCGGCCCCUCGCGGCGCAGCGCCUACAUCGCCGCACUCUAUUUCACGCUGAGCAGCCUCACCAGUGUGGGCUUCGGCAACGUGUGUGCCAACACCGACGCUGAGAAGAUCUUUUCCAUCUGCACUAUGCUUAUAGGCGGAACCCAGAGACGGGUCCAGGACAGGGUGGGUUUGACAGCAGGGGAGGCUGCGGCUGGAAGGGUGGCCACCUCUUACUGGCUGCCCGCUACCGCCGCUGCAGCGCUGAUGCACGCAGUGGUGUUCGGGAAUGUGACGGCCAUCAUCCAGCGCAUGUACUCGCGCCGCUCACUCUACCACAGCCGCAUGAAGGACCUCAAGGACUUCAUCCGCGUGCACCGCCUGCCACGGCCACUCAAGCAGCGCAUGCUCGAGUACUUCCAGACCACGUGGGCUGUCAACAGCGGCAUCGACGCCAAUGAGUUACUGCGUGACUUCCCAGACGAGCUGAGAGCUGACAUUGCUAUGCAUCUGAAUCGGGAGAUCCUGCAGCUGCCACUGUUCGGAACAGCAAGCAGGGGCUGCCUGCGGGCCCUCUCACUGCACAUCAAGACCUCAUUUUGUGCUCCGGGCGAGUACCUGUUGCGCCGUGGGGACGCCUUGCAGGCGCACUACUACGUCUGCUCCGGCUCACUUGAGGUGCUCCGAGACAACAUGGUGCUGGCCAUCCUGGGAAAGGGGGACCUGAUUGGAGCAGAUAUCCCUGAGCCAGGGCAAGAGCCUGGGUCGGGGACAGGCCCAAGCUGCGUGCUGAAGACCAGUGCUGAUGUAAAAGCACUGACCUACUGUGGCCUGCAGCAGCUGAGCAGCCGAGGACUGGCUGAGGUCCUGAAGCUCUAUCCUGAGUAUGGGGCUGCCUUCCAGGCUGGCCUACCCCGGGACCUCACCUUCAACCUGCGCCAGGGCUCUGACACCAGCGGCCUUGGCCGCUUUUCCCGAUCCCCUCGCCUCUCCCAGCCCCGCUCAGAAAGCCUUGGCUCCUCCUCAGACAAGACGCUACCAUCCAUCACAGAGACUGAGGGUGGCUCAGAGCCUGGGGGUGGACCCAGGCCUCGCCGGCCCCUCCUGCUGCCCAACCUCAGCCCAGCACGGCCUCGAGGCUCUCUGGUCAGCCUUUUGGGCGAGGAGCUGCCCCCAUUCUCAGCCCUGGUCUCCUCUCCUUCCUUAUCCCCAUCUCCAUCCCCUGCCCUGGCUGGCCAGGGCCAAAGCCCCUCCCCUCAUGGCCCCCCCAGGUGCUCUGCUUCCUGGAAGCCCCCACAGCUUCUCAUUCCCUCACUGGGAACCUUUGGACCUCCGGACCUCAGUCCCCGGAUAGUGGAUGGCAUUGAGGACUCUGGUAGCACAGCUGAGGCCCCUACAUUCCGCUUCAGCAGGAGGCCUGAACACCCAAAGCCCCGCUCACAGGCCCCCCCUACAGGAACCAGGACCAGCUGGGAAAUGGCCACUGAGGCUGAGGAAGUGAAGGAAAAGGUCUGCAGGCUGAACCUGGAGAUCUCCCGUCUCAAUCAGGAAGUAUCUCAGCUUAGCCAGGAGCUGCGGCACAUGAUGGGUCUGCUACAGGCCAGACUAUCUCCCUCAGGCCACCCAACAGUCUCAGCUUGGCCACCAGGCCCUCCUUGUCCCCACCUGAGGCCACCAGGCAUCUCUCCCUGCAUGUCCAGACCACCACCUAGCCUCCAGGAUACUACAUUUGCUGAAGUCCACUGCCCGGCCAGUGUGGGUACAGCAGAGAUGGGGGCCACACCCCUGGACCUGAGACCUUCCAUGGUGCCUCCCUACUCCUCAGAGCCUGACCCUCUUUUACCCACCCCCAUGCCAGAGGCCUCAACCCCAACCCCAACCUUCAAGAGGCACAGUUUCCGGUCCAGGUCAGACACGUUCCACUGACCCUGGCCCUGGGCCCAGGCCUGUCUGGGGUGGGCAUUGCUGCCUGCCAUCCAGAGAGAGCUGGGUCCCUUGGCCUCCUGUCUCGAGGUCAACAUCCACCAGCUGGUCUGGUUGGCUGUGCAUUUCUGGACUUUUUAACAAAGUGUGGUCACCUCUGACCCUAUUCCCUUUUCCAAACCUUCCCCAUCCUCCCCCUCUGUGAGGGGGAGUCACCUGAGACUAUGGAACCCAGCAGGCAUGAGAUGGACCACGGUGCCCAUUAGGCUGGGCAGAUGAGAUGUCCUGCUUUCUCCCCACGACCU